GCAGGUUCUUACUACAGCAGUUUUCCUCUGUGAGCUGAGCUGAGAAGCAGAGCUCUCUCCUCAUUCUCCAGACUUCACCAUGAGACUCCGAGACGGCUGUCUUCUGCUGGGAGUCCUGCUGCUCCUCACACACACCUCACACCAGCAGAAGCCCAAUGCUAAAAAAGACUCCAGCGCUGCUUUGAAGGACCUGCAAAAGCAGAUCGAUGACAUUGUGGUGGAACUGAAUCUUCUAAAGGAGCAGCAGGCCCUGCAGACCGUCUGUCUGAAAGGUACGAAGAUCCCUGGUAAGUGUUUUCUGGUGGACAGCGUGAAGAAGAGCUACCACACGGCCAGUGAAGACUGCAUCGCCAAGGGAGGAAUCCUCAGCACUCCGCUGUCUUCUGACGAAAACACGCGACUAUAUGAUUACGUGCGCCAGAGCAUCGGGCCGGACGCUGAAAUCUGGCUGGGCAUCAAUGACAUGCAGACGGAGGGCGUGUGGAUGGACCAGGCCGGCUCAAGCAUCCGCUACAAGAACUGGAAGCCCCCGCAGCCCGAUGGUAGAAUCGCAGAAAACUGCGCCGUACUCUCCGGCGCUUCCGGCGGGAAGUGGCUGGACGAGAACUGUCGCGAGGAGAGAGCUUCCGUCUGCGAGUUCAACAUCGUCUGAGAUCAUCCAGCGCCGGUUUGCAUGACCUUAGCUGUCCUUUUCAUUGCACAAUCCUGCUUGCAUUGUGUUUGCUCUGCAAUUAUAUAAUUUCUUUUGGGAGAACGGAGUUUGUCCUUUUACUGCAUAAAAAUGUUCAUGAUCUACAAUCAAAGACCAAACACUGUAAUUAAAGACAUUUUUGAACGGGCUCCAUUAAGAUCUCGUCCAAGACGCAAAAUAAACAAAGACAUUAAAGAAGUAUUUCACACAAAAAUGAAAAUUAACUGAGCCUCAGGCCAUCCACACAUCACAAUAAUCCACAAGUGAUCCACACUGGACUCCAGUCUAUCAAUUAAAACUCUGGUGAAGAGAAAAGCUGUGUUUUUAACAAAACAAAAUCAUAAAGAUGUAAGAACUUCAAACCAUUGCUAAAAUAGAUAAUCCGAAUGAAUGCUUCCUCCAUCUCUGUCAUCUCACAUAAAAAAAAAAAAAAAAAAAAAAAAUAUUUGUUUUGAAAUGUUUUCACUUGUAAAUACAUACUGCUUUCCUCUUCUGAUUCAGACAAGACAACUUUUUCACUGAAGAAAGCAAUUUUUAAGUAAUUCCACCAAUAAAAAUGUAUUAUUUCUUACAAAAACACAACUUUUUUUCUCUUCAUAAGACAUUAAUUGAUGGACUGGAGUGGAUUAUUGUGAUGUUUUUAUCAUCUGUUUGGACUCUAAUUCUGACGGCACCCAUUCACUGCAGAGGAUCCAUUGGUGAGGAAGUGAUGGUAAAUUUCUCUAAAUCUGUUCUUGGAUGGCUUGAGGGUGAGUACAUUUUUAAGAGUUUUUUUUUUUUUUUUUUUUUUAUAUUCGUUCAAGAUUAUUGAAUUCUGAUGAUAUUUACAAAGAAGUCCAGCCACCAGAUAAAAUCCAGUUGAAUGAUGAUUAUUUCAGAUUGCUAGCUUUGUUACUUGUUUAUUUUCUAACAAACUAAAUGUCUAGCCUGAUAACCUGAACGUAUAUUUUUAUCUUAAUAAAGUGUAUAAAAAACAUGGCUCUAUUCUGCAGGUUUCCGAACAACUGAGAUGCUCAUUACAUAUUCAUUAAAUAUGACUAAUUUGGC